CCCCCUUACCCUUGCUCUCUCUAUCCCCACUCCCUCCCUCCCUCCUGCCCUUGUCCUGUAGCUUUUCUCCCUUCUCUCUCUCCCAUCUCUCGUCUUUUUCAGUGUUUGAAUGGAGAAGCUGGGUUCCCCAGAACCUGCACAGCCCUCGCCGGGUGCAGAGCCCGUUGCUGGGGUUUCUGUUGCCAAGACGGCAGGGGUCGAGGGAGACGAGGCGGUGGCAGCAGUCAGCUCCAAACUGUUUCGGUGUGCAUGCGUGAGACGCUGGAUACCACUGGCCUACAGAGAGGAACUCUACCAAGUCUUACGACUCACAGGCCCACUGCUGCUGUCUCGGAUUCUGAACUUCCUCCUGCCGUUUGUUAUCACCAUAUUCUGUGGUCACAUUGGCAAUGCAGAACUGGCUGGAUACGCUCUUGCCUCAGCGAUCAUUAAUGUUACCACAACUGCUACAGGCUAUGGCCUUGCUAUGGCUUGUGACACACUGAUUUCUCAGACAUUCGGCAGCAAGAACAUGAAACGUGUGGGGGUAAUUCUCCAGCGGAGUUCACUCAUCUUGCUGCUGUUUUGUCUGCCUUGUUGGGCUCUUCUCAUCAACUCUCAUAACUUACUACUCAUCAUGCACCAAGAAGAUGAGGUGGCGAGAAUUGCCCAUCUCUACGUGAUGGCUUUUCUACCAGCUGUUCCAGCUAUGUUCCUGCACCAGCUGCAGGUUGCCUACCUACAAAAUCAAGGCAUUAUCCUGCCUCAGAUGUACACAGCAGCAGCAGCAAACGUUCUUAAUUUGGGGGUCAACUACGUCUUAAUCUUAAGCCUCAAGUUGGGUGUCAUUGGAUCAGCAAUUGCUAACAGCCUCUCUCAGAUCACCAUCUGCCUGCUGUUGUUUGGCUACAUCAGAUGGAAGAAACUCCAUCAGCAGACGUGGGGAGGCUGGUCCACUGACUGUUUACAGGAAUGGGGCUCCUUUAUGAAGCUGGCUGUUCCCAGUGCAUUCAUGGUCUGCUUUGAAUGGUGGAUAUGGGAGGUCGGCGGUUUCCUUGCUGGUGUACUUGGUGAGGUGGAUCUUGCUGCUCAGCAUGUGUUGGUGGAAGUAGGAGCCAUAACAUAUAUGUUCCCUUUAGGUAUCCAUGCAGCUGCCUGUGUUCGUGUUGGCAAUGCUCUGGGGGCCGGGAACACAUCCAGGGCCAUUGUCACCUGCAAAGUGGCCUUGGUUCUCUCAGGAGUGCUUGCUGUGUUCCAGGGUAUCGUCAUUGCUAGCUGUAAGUCCGUCGCUGGCUACAUAUUUACCUCGGAUGACAACAUUGUGGAGAUUGUCUCAGAGAACCUCACAGUCUACAUAUUUCUACAGUUUCUUGAUGCACUUCUGUGUGUCUGCUCAGGGAUUCUUGUAGGAGCUGGGAUGCAGAAAAUUGCCGCCUUGUCUAACCUGGUGUGUUACUACUGCAUUGGUCUGCCCGUGGGAAUAGCUCUGAUGUUUGCUGCCCAGCUCAGAAUAUUAGGCUUGUGGGUGGGUCUCUCUAUAUCUGUUUUCCUUGAGAUGGGUUUCUUUCUCGUUCUAAUCUUCAAACUCAAUUGGAAGAAAGUCACACACAAGGCUCAGCUGCGAGCUGGAAAGAAAGUGGUAGUGAUACCAAAACGUCCUGCUAGCACAGUGCUGACUGAAGCAAUGGUGCCUGACGUCUCUGAAAGCUCUAACACACAGCAUCUAUGCACCCUCAAGGCCCAGUUGGACAGUGAAGAAGUUCUUAAAUCAGAUGGCUACAGUCCAGUCAGCACCCAGGAUCAGGAGCUGAAAGCAGGUCACGAGUCCGAAGGCAACAACACUACUACAGGAACUACUGAGGGGGAUGCUGAGCAGAGCAAAAAUACUAUAAACACCAAACCUGAAGCCCUGCUUUCUGUCACUCAGCUAAUCUUGCGUCGGGGACUCACCUUCUUGGUUUUAGUCCUUCUUUUGGCCAUUGGUGUCGCUUUCCACAUUGCUUUCCCUGCACCGGAGCCCUCUGCUCAGAGCCGGGCUAACUUUACCCUGAACUGGACCAAUGCCUCCACUCCUACGCCACUCGCUCCUUUGGACCUGACUCCAUACCUCUGAUCUACCUUUGACCCCUGAAUGUCGACACCUAGCGGCCGAACACAGUUCUCACAAAUGGACAAUUCAUUCCUGGAGAGAAAAGUGUUCUUUCAUAGUUGCACAUCUUCUCAUAAGCCUGGGUUGUUAUUUUGUAAAACUACAACCUGACAUGAUCAGAUCAUGUUUUAACCUUCUCAGCCAGAGAUGCUCAACUGGGACAAGACACAUUACAAAUCUGUUAUUAUGAGACCACGUGGGCACCAAGGAACAGAUGUUUUUCCUCUGAUAGCUUUUGAUUUUGGAACUUAUUGAUUGUAUUGAUUUACAUGUUGCACUGUGACAUAUUUCUUCUUUCUUACUGACCUUAAAUCUCUUUUUCACAUUUUAACUUUAAGAUUGACUGUAAAUAUGUGAUGUAAAAUUUACAUGUAAACAUGUAAAUAUGUACUCCAUUAUGUGAGCAGGCUAUGUAUUACUGCAUUGUCAUUCCUGAUAGCUUCAGGACAGAGGUGAUUAAUAAAUAAUAAGCUAGUUAUUUUUUUACUGUAUAUAUAGGACCAAUAAUGUAAUGAACUGUGUUAGCAUCCUUAUCAAUAAAAAUGACUUUAAACAUGUCUCACAGUAAAAUCAAACACAGGGGUGAUCAGAUAUUUUGGACUCCAAAAGCAAAAAAUACAUUAUUCCCCCAAGAAAUUUGCAUUAAGUAGUCUGAACUCUUAUAUUCUUGUUCUUGUAAAUAUGCACUUGAAGGAAUCCAAACUGUAUUGCCAAAGAUCCAAAAAUUAAACCACCAAUUAUUGAGGUCCUGCUAUUGACG